UUAAGCACAUGCGUACUCAGGUGCUUCAGUCCGACACUCGCCGGCAGAGCAACAAUGGCGGCAGUAACGCGGGUAGCGGCGGCUGGAGCUAGGCUCAGGGUUCUGUCUGGUGGUCUCCGCACUGCGGUCCGCAGCCUUUGCAGCCAACCCACCUCCAUUAAUGAACGUAUCGAGAACAAGAGAAAUGCCGCGUUGCUGGGAGGAGGCCAGCGCCGAAUCCAAGCGCAGCACAAGCGAGGAAAACUGACCGCCAGGGAGCGGAUCAGUCUCUUGCUGGACCCUGGCAGCUUUGUUGAGAGUGACAUGUUUGUGGAACACAGAUGUGCAGAUUUUGGAAUGGCUGCGGAUAAGAAUAAGUUUCCUGGAGAUAGCGUGGUCACUGGACGGGGCCGGAUCAAUGGAAGAUUGGUUUAUGUCUUCAGUCAGGAUUUUACAGUUUUUGGAGGCAGUCUGUCAGGAGCACAUGCUCAGAAGAUCUGCAAAAUCAUGGACCAGGCCAUAACAGUGGGUGCUCCAGUGAUUGGACUGAAUGACUCUGGGGGAGCCCGGAUCCAAGAGGGGGUAGAGUCCUUGGCUGGCUACGCAGACAUCUUCCUGAGAAAUGUCACCGCAUCCGGAGUCAUCCCUCAGAUCUCUCUGAUCAUGGGCCCGUGUGCUGGUGGGGCUGUCUACUCUCCAGCCCUCACAGACUUCACGUUCAUGGUGAAGGACACCUCCUACCUGUUUAUCACUGGCCCUGAUGUGGUGAAGUCUGUCACCAAUGAGGAUGUCACCCAGGAGGAGCUUGGUGGUGCCAAGACCCACACUACCAUGUCAGGUGUGGCCCACAGGGCUUUUGAGAAUGACGUGGAUGCCCUGUGUAACCUCCGGGAGUUCUUCAACUACCUGCCCCUCAGCUGUCACGACCUGGCUCCUGUCCGCGAGUGCCAUGAUCCCAGUGACCGUCUGGUUCCUGAGCUUGACACAGUUGUCCCUCUGGAAUCCACCAAAGCUUACGACAUGCUAGAUAUCAUACACUCGGUCGUUGAUGAGCGAGAAUUUUUUGAAAUCAUGCCCAAUUAUGCCAAGAAUAUCGUUGUUGGUUUUGCAAGAAUGAAUGGGAGGACUGUUGGACUUGUUGGUAACCAACCCAAGGUGGCCUCAGGAUGCUUGGAUAUUAAUUCAUCUGUGAAGGGGGCUCGAUUUGUCAGAUUCUGUGAUGCAUUCAAUAUUCCACUCAUUACUUUUGUUGAUGUUCCUGGCUUUCUUCCCGGCACAGCACAGGAAUACGGGGGCAUCAUCCGUCAUGGCGCCAAGCUUCUCUAUGCAUUUGCUGAGGCAACUGUGCCCAAAGUUACAAUCAUUACCAGGAAGGCCUAUGGAGGUGCCUAUGAUGUCAUGAGCUCUAAGCAUCUUCUUGGUGACACCAAUUAUGCCUGGCCCACAGCAGAAAUUGCAGUCAUGGGAGCAAAGGGUGCUGUGGAGAUCAUCUUCAAAGGGCAUGAAGAUGUGGAAGCUGCCCAGGAAGAGUAUAUCCAGAAGUUUGCUAACCCUUUUCCUGCAGCAGUGAGAGGAUUUGUGGACGACAUCAUACAGCCUUCUUCCACACGUGCCCGAAUCUGCAGUGACUUGGAUGUCUUGGCCAGCAAGAAAGUGCAGCGUCCUUGGAGGAAACAUGCAAAUAUUCCGUUGUAAACAAGCCAAAGGGAAAAACAAAAUGAGCUGAGCCAAGAGCUCAUUCCUACCUUUGUAAUCCUGAAAACCUGGAACUCAAAAUAUCAGUAAUAACUUGGAAUAGCUAAUAUUUAUUAAAUUCUAGGAAGAUCUCUUUUGUGCCAUGUUAUAAAAUUACUUCCUUUAUUAAAAAUCUUAACUGGUAACCAGUUUUUUGAAUAUAAAUUUUCAUUUUUUAUGAUAGAUAUCUGAGAAACCAAAAAAAAGUAGGAGGAAAACAGAAUGUAUCAUCACUCAGGACUGACCAUGUUUUGGUGCUUGAGAGUCAGGUGUCCCGAGGUCCAUGUGUUAAGAGCUUGGUGUGAGGCGGGAUUGUCAAGGGUGGGACAUAGUGGGAACUCUUCGGGUCAUUUGGUGGUGUGUUCUGUAAUGGUUUGUGGGACCCUGUUCUCUUGCUUUGUCUUUGGCAAUGUGAUCUCUCCUCACAAAUGUGCUCCUACAUGUGAUGCAGCCAGGAGGAAGUCAUCAGAACCAAAGUGAUGUUAUCACCAUGUCCUUCAGUCUUUGGAACCAAGCUAAACAAGCCUUCUUAAUGAAGUUAGUUUACCAUAGGCAUUUUGAUAUAGUAAUGAACACUAGGCUCAAUGGUGGAUCAGUUAGUUAGUAUGUGCCAGGAACCACCAGCACGCACACACACAUACAAAAAGCCCCCAAAUUAAGACAACAUUUUGGUAUCUUGUUUUCCUUUUUUCUCUGAGAACAAUUUUUUUUUUUUUUGUCUUUUUGAGACAGGGUCUCGCUAUGCAGUUCAGGCUGGCCUUGAGCUCACUUUGUAGCCCAGGCUGAUCUCGAACUCGCAACGAUCCUCCUGCCUCAGCCUCCUGAGUGCUGGGAUUACAGGCAUGAGCCACCACGCCUGGCUGAGAAUAAUUUUUUUAUCUGUGAGAAGUUUGUUUUAUAAUCCCAAUUAAAAUAGGGACUAUAUGUCCUCUUUUAAUUCCCAUGUGAAUUGUAGGUGGCUAAUGAAGUAUUUGUGACUGUGCUUGUGCAGAACAGAUGUGAAGUAAGGUGUAUUGUGCCAUGCAGACUUACUUAUUUCCAGAAAUGUAUUCUCACAUUUUAAAGCACUGUCAUGGUUUAUGUCUGUGUCCCCCAGGCCUCAUGAGUUUGAAUUGUGCAUUUGUUAUUCGUUCAUUGUCUAGUGCUUGGAUUGAUGGUGUCAGUGCUCCACCCACAAAGGGGUGGAGCCAGGAUGUGAUGUAAUGGCAGGAAGGUGUGUCUUGCUCCUUGCGGGUUCCUGUUUGCUGUUGGCAGCCGCUAUGAACUGCAGCCCAGCCAGGCCCACCUGUCUUGGAGCCAACUAAGUGUGGAAUGAAACCUCCAAAACCUGUAAGAAAUAAACCUUUCCUUUCCCAACUUGGGCUUCAGGUAUUUUGUCUCAGCAGCGAGUAAAAUUAGUAGCUAAGAUAAGAACUUUAUUGUGAAAAUUUAAAGCCUAUAAAAAUGCUGCAAGAUUUUUUUUUAAUAGCAUUAAUCUGUAUUUCUUCAGUUAACAUUUUUUGUAUUUACUUUAUAUUUUCAUAAAUACAUUGUGUCAUGUAUGUGUGGAUAAUUUUUGAUGAGAAUUGUAAGAACAGAGUCCAUUGUCCUCCAGUUUGUCUUUUAUGACAUUGGCAUUUUUGAGGGAAAGUUUAAGAAAACUCUUGCCAUUUUUGUAGAAGUUCCUCAAGUUUGCCUGAUUUGCCUCCUUAUAUGUAGAUAAAAUAAAUCAUAAAUGUAGCUCUUCAGUGUGUCACAUCAACAGGCAGUUUUAUUAGUAGUUAAUGCUGAUCAUAUGACUGCAGAGGUUUUCCUACCAAGCUGACCAUUUUCCAAUUUUUUUUUUUUUUUUUUUUUUUUUUUUUUUGGUACCAGGGAUUGAACUCAUGACCUUGUACUCACCAGGCAGAUGCUCAUGUUGCUGAGCUAAAUUCCCGGUGCAAGCUCACCAUUUUCCCUUUGUCACUACUAAUUAUUUUGUGGAGCAUCCUUUGGUCAUUUAUCAACAAACUCUUACCCAAUAAUAUAUUAUCACUGAUGGUUGCCUCAGUUAGUGAUUGUGUUGAUUAUAAAGUGUUGUUUCUAAUCUUUUAUCAGUACUUCUCAGAAAUUUAAGCAAAGGCCUUUCUCUUUUUUGUAUCAGUUUAGACUCAUGGAUUCUUUAAAAUGUGUUCUUAGGGUGGGCAUGGUAGCACAUAGCUGUAAUCACAGCAGUCUGGUAGAUUGAGACAGGAGGACUGCAAUGUGGAGCUUAGUCUGAGUAACUUGUUGAUCUGUCUCAAAGGUUGUAGGGGGUAUUAUUUCCUGACAUGGCUAGUGAGUUGGUUGCCCACGUUCUUCUCAUAGCCCCAGUAAUUUUUUGAGCACUCUUUUGUUUUCUGAUAGAGGAUAAUGUUCUAGGCUUAUCUUGUAUUUUCCUUGUCCCACUCUGGAUUUUUAGUGGGUGUGCCAUUUAGAGGCUAAAAUUAGUAACAGAGUGAAGUUGUCACACUGACAGUGGGCAGUCAUUUCUUCUAGAUAUUUUCAGCAUCCUGUUAGGAAAUAUUUAUACAAAUAAGUGUUUAAUAAAUAUGUAUUCUAAAUACAUAUUUAUUAUGUUUUUAACAUCAUGAGUUCAAACUUAAUUACAAAACAGUACCAUGGGUUCUUUGUAUAUUUAUGCCUCUUCCUAUAGUAGCGAACUGGGCUUCCAUUGCCCUGAAUGUAUUUUGCUCAUUUGCUGCAGUGCAUGAAAGUUUCAAAAUCACUAUAGCUGUGUCAACAAUAAAGCCUUAUAAGUAAA